CUAAAACCAGACAGAAACAAAUCCCAAACAGAAGAACUCAUGGCGUAUAAGACAGAAGAUCAUGAGACUCAAUACUGCUUUCCUGCCAUUAACUCAUCAUGCAUCAAGACAAUACGCUCCACACAUGAAUACAAUAUCAUGUAUGUGUUUUUUUCAGUGCUGUCAGUAUGGACUGUGUUUCUGAAUCUGCUGGUGAUCAUCUCCAUCUCUCACUUCAAGAAGCUUCACACUCCAACCAACAUGCUCAUUCUCUCUCUGGCUGUGGCUGACCUGCUCAUUGGACUUAUUAUCUUGCCCUUGGAGGCCAUCAAACUGAUUGAGACGUGUUGGUACUUUGGAGAUAAUUUGUGUGGAAUUUAUUUAGUGGUCAUUGGACUGCUCCCCUCAGCAUCACUUAGUCAUUUAAUUUUAAUCGCUGUUGAUCGCUAUGUGGCUGUGUGUCACCCUUUGCAUUACCCACGAACAAUAACUACGGCUAAAACCAUAAUGAGCAUCUGUAUCUGCUGGUUUUGUUCUACAGCUUAUAAUAUUGCCCUUGAGAGCAGCAGUAAACAAUCUGACUUAACCAAAAUGGAUAUGUGUUAUGGAAAGUGUACUUUAACAAUAAGCUAUGCAUGGAGAGUCACUGAUCUGAUCAUGUCCUUGCUUUUUCCUUGUACUGUAAUCAUAACUUUAUAUAUGAGGAUUUUUUAUGUCGCACAUCAGCAAGUGAAAGUUAUAAACUCUCUGUUUAAGGGUGGAAAACAUGUAAUGAAAGGUUCACUGAAGAGAAAAUCUGAGGGCAAAGCGGCUCUGACAUUAGGACUUAUUGUCACAGUUUAUCUGCUUUGCUAUAUUCCAUACUUCAUUUUGUCUCUAUCAGAAAACACAGAAAUGAUUUCUAUCGCAUUCGUUUUAUUAUGGAUUGUAUAUAUAAGCUCUGCUGUAAAUCCUAUAAUCUAUGCUUUAUUCUACCCCUGGUUUAAAAUGUCAGUUAAACACAUCAUAACUCUUAAAAUAUUUCAACAAGCAUCCUCUCUCGUAGACAUUUUUACAGAUUAUCAGUCAUAA